UCCUUCCCUCCUCGGUUUUGCAUGCACCAUUACUUCUGUUUUCAAUUCUCUGAUAAGAAUCUCAUCCAUGUUCACAACACCUUAAUUUCUUUCUGUAUCUUACUUCCUAUAUCCUAGCAAGCACUUAGUAAAAGCGGUAAUGGCAAAGAGAGAACACAAACCUCUGAAAGAACCAAAGCUGCCUGAAGAAUCAAAGUCGCCUAAGAAACCGAAGCCACCUAAAGCAUCGAAAUCGCUCAAAGAACCAAAACCUUCGAAGAAAACCCCCACCAAGCCACCUCGGAAAUCUGCUAAGAAAGACCGUAUACAACGAACCUCUUCAAGAACCUCUUUGCGAUUCAAACCGACAAGGACUGCCCCACAACCCGUCAAGCCCGGAACUCUAUCCCGAUCAACUUCAAACAGAGUCAUCAACAGCGGCGAGAACAUCUUUGCAGUCACAAGUCACAUCCAGCCCGAUGGACUAUCAAGACGUAAUAAGUCUGGUAUCGAACCGGCCACGAAUGCCACACACGUUCUGACCGACCGACUUCCACAAAGUUUUGUUCUUUACAGUCCUAGUUUCUUGAACCGCGACAUAACCAUAUCCCUCAUACAAGAUGGCCCCCGCUAUUUCACAUCUCAAUGGGAUACGGAAGUCUCUUUCGAAGCCAUUCCGAAGAUCUUACACUCGUCCGAGCUAGAGACAACAAUUCCAUGAGCGCAGCCACCCUUCCUAUAGCAACGGCAAAGUACGGCGGCGGAAUUCUAUUUUCCGUUUUAAGUACAACAUCCGAAAUCUGUGUUUUGGAUCCAAGUAGACCAGGAGGUCCUCCCUUACAUAGAGAACAGACGCAUGCAUCUAUUGGCCUGUUUAGCUACGCCUCUCGCAGUAUAUCCUUCAACUUCCAACCCCCAGGAGCAGAUCAAAAAGAAGCAUUCGAAUGGAGGUCAGAUCGGGAACUUCAGAUAUUGGACCGCGAGAUGAGACUUGU